AUGACUUAUGAAAAUGGAGCUCUGUUGACUGUGAUAACUAUAUCUAGUGACCACUCAUUUUGUAAGAAAAAAAGUCUAAUAGUUGAUUUAUUUAUCUUUUCUUCCAGGAGACACUGGCUGAAAGUAGUUGAUCUUACUGGUUUCCGAGAUGAUGGACCAACUCAAGACACUGAAGCUAUGGGCCCUUGGUCUCGGACAGUAAUGCUGUCAAGAGCCUGUACUGAUGUAUAUAGACAAAUUGGAAAUGAAGCAAAGAGCUCACUAAAACGGAGAAGAGAAAUGCUUAAUAUGGAGAGAACUGCAGCCUCUACCUUGGAUGAGAUAGCUGUGGAUGUACAUGCAGACCUUUUUGUGAAUAGUAGUUCUAGUGACAUUCUAAGAGAUGCCCUGGAAGCCAGCAGUGGAUGUUCUAUAAGGCUGAAGUGUCGAGAUUUCAGAGCAGAAGAACUGUCUAUCAAAGGAACAGUCCGCCUUCUAGAACUUCUUGACCCAUUAUUCCUUCGGAAAAUUGAUUUGCGGUAUAACAACUUAGGGCUUAUUGGGCUUACCAGUCUACUUCUGCACAUGGUAAGAUUUACAACCCUUGUGAGCCUUAAGCUACCUUAUAGCAACAUUGACGUGAGAAGGUUAACUACAAACAUGGAAGCUACCAUCCAGAGUUUUGCUGCUCGUCUCAGUCAGCUUUCAAAACUUAAGGAGCUGAACCUUGCAUCCUCAAGACUGUCAGGAAGACUAGGACAACUACUGAGUGGUUUGCAAAGUUCUUUAGAAAGCCUGGAGCUGUCCUACUGCUACCUCCUUCCAACCGAUGUCUGCUAUUUGACUCAAAGUCCACAUGCAUCAUCUUUAAAGAAGUUGGACCUUAGUGGGAACAACUUGUCAGAACACCUUUUCUCACCAUUCCAGAAACUCCUGUUUGAAAUUUCCAGAUCACUGGUCCACCUGGACAUAAUGGAGUGCAGGUUAACAGACAGUCACAUUCAGUCUCUUCUUCCUGGUCUGCGGCAGUGCUUGCAUCUUCGAUAUCUUGGAUUUUUCUGUAAUCCUCUGUCUACAGCAGGUCUGAAAGUGCUGCUUCAGAACCUUGUAACUCUUCUGGAUUUAAAGCUGAUUAUAUAUCCAUUACCUGUUGACUGCUACGAAGAAAAUCUUCCAUGGCCACCUUCAUCAACUAAUCUCUUAGAAGGUUCUAUUAAUCAGGAAAAGAUGGCUGUGGCUAAUGCUGCAUUACAAGAAAUAUUGCAUAAAGCUCAGAGGACAGACAUCCUUUUGACUACAGAUAUUUAUACACCACCUCCCAUUGACUUUUUUGACCUGUAACAUGUUACUGAAAGGCAAAAAUAAAUAAAGGGUCAAACUGAA